GAGCAGUGCUUACUUUACUACUUAUGGCUUCCAACAUAUAGGUGAAGAGGCAACAAUACUUCAGGUGGAGCAAAAUAAUGCUAUACAUACACCUAUUCACCAAGAUAUAUAUCCAGACAGCUAAAUAGAGUGCCUAGGUAGUACCUGUGUGCUCUCCUGCGCUUCGUAAAAAACAUCCUACUCAUCUCAGUAGAUUUUACCUGUUACGAUUGUAGGCAAUAUGUCCUCGGCCACAUUCAUCGAUGACACUGGAAUGAAGACAUAUGUCCCGCUUGAGAACAAUCCAGAUGUUAUGACUCAACUGGCUCAUCGCCUCGGAGCUUCGACGGCCCUGAGCUUCUACGAUAUCUACUCAAUGGACGAAGAUGUCCUCAAUUUCAUCCCAAGGCCCGCACAUGCAUUAAUAUUCAUAGCCCACGCCGACGCCUUCUUCAAGACCCGCGAUGAGGAGAAUAAUGGCAUGUCAGAAUAUGACGGAUGUGGUGCCGAUGAGCCAGUGUUAUGGAUUAAGCAAACCAUCGGACAUACCUGCGGGCUCAUGGCUCUUCUACACAGCAUGGCUAAUGGAGGUGCCAGAGAGAGUAUUGUGCCCGGCUCACUUGCAGAUAGGCUCUUCAGGGCCGCUGUUCCUUUAAAGCCAAAAGAGCGUGCCAAGCUAUUAUAUGACUCUGAAGAGCUCGAACUCAUACAUCAGGAAUAUGCUCAAAAGGGUGACUCGGCAGCCCCAUCUGCGGCGGAUCCAAACGAGCUGCAUUUCAUAAGUUUCGUCAAGGCGGAUGAUAAUCAUCUCUGGGAGCUAAAUGGGGGUAUGAAGGGGCCUGUUGAUCGCGGAGAGUUGGGUCAGGAUCUGGACGUGUUAAGUGAGAAGGCGUUGGAUCUGGGACCGAAGGCGUUCUUAAGGGCGGCCAAGGAACAUGGUAUGAGCGAUAUCAGAUUCAGUAUCAUUGCGAUGGCGCCGACUCUGGAAUGAUUGGGCACGACGGACAGAUGCUAUUGUUGAGCGAUGCUAGCGAGAAUGAGUCUAAUAAUGAGAAAGCUUGUGGUGCCG